AUGAGGGCUGCAUGCGAAGUGAGCAAUCUCCAUAUCUAUUUGGUAAAACUUAGUGCCCAAAUGAACAUUAGACAAGCCUUGGAUUCCAGCGAGAAUAUUCUAAAAACACUCAAAAAGUUUCCAAAACAUUCAAGAUGCCCACAUGUUGAAGAAAGAUAUCCCAGAAGAGUGCUUGUUGAGGCCCACACUGAAAUCCUGAGAAAGUGUCUUCCUCUUUUUGCAAAAAUCACAAAAGAGGCAAAGGCCUUCGUUCAGAACUUCGAUCAAAAGGCGCUUGAGAAUGUGGCAUCAAGAAAGGAGUACAUCGAGUCUAAAAUUGCAGAAGCCCGGAGUGAUUUCCAUGAACAAACUAGAAAAAAUAAGAUCAUUUCGGAGAUUGAAAGCCUGGAAAAGGUGAAUAUCCAGAAGUUUGAAAGGCUUGUUGUUGACGAAGCAAAAUCCGCGGCAAUAAUUGAUUAUAUAUUUGAAUCAUGUGAAGAGUGCUCAGGCUUAAGGGUACUUGAGAAUUUUAUUGAGCUCACAUACGACAGAAAUGCAGGAGAAAGAACUGACUCGUAUGAGAAAAUACUCCAACUUUUAUAA